UCUGGUCUUGUCUGGGCCGGGUUGCAGUCGUCUGAUACUUAUUGGAUUAGACGAAAAUAGACACGAGAAUCAGUUAUUAUGACAAUCGUGUCUGUCAGAAUUUGUACCUUUCCCAACGGCUACUUACAGUAAGAGAGGAAAGAAAGCGUUCGUUUUUUUAUUUUUAUUUUUAAAGUCGUCUCGAUCCUUUCACCAUUACCGAUCCAACAGAUUCUUCUCCACACAGCUCCACUCUCCCUUCCACACACAAACGCAAAAAACACGCUCCUCUACCUCUCUCUGCUGUCAUCUCUCUCUCUGAGAAAAUGGAAGAAGAAUCUCAGUGUUUGAAAACCAACGGCGAAGAAGACUUCUACGAGAACAUCGAGGCGCCGAAGUUCGUGGACCUUAACGCUCCCGAUCACUACCACCCGGGUGAUGACCGAUAUUGGUUCUGCUUGCGUGUUGGAUGUGAUCAAAAGCAUGAAGAAGAAAUGGAUUCUGAAGCAAUCUACAAAAAAUUUGUUUUACGGGUUAUGGCUGCAAGGAGUCCCAACAUACGGCUUCGGAGAGCACUGUACAGAAAGGAUUCAAGUGCCAAUAUUAAAUGUCCCCAGACAGUUCCAGCAAAAUCUUCAAAACCUCGAGUAUCAAGAUUGGCCCUCAUUUCCUCGAUAUCUAAAAGAAUGGUUGAUCCUAAAGUGAGAGUUAAGUCCCUUGCUAAACAGAAUGCAACCCCAAAUGUGAGGGCAAAGCAAUCUGUUGUAUCCAAGGCUCUGACAACUCCAAGGAACAAAAAGCGACUGUCAAAUCCUGAUGCAUUUUGUAGUGUUAGGAAUCCGAAAGCAACAGCUGUUGCAGUGCCAAAUAGUAGGGUGGUAGCAAAGGCAUUAUUUCAUUCACCUAAGAAGUCAACGAGGACAAAGACUUCAAUUGAAUUGGAUACAACUGUCAAGAAAAUAUGUGCAGGUAUAAAGAAUCUUGAGAUCGCUGAUGGAAAGAAGCAUGCUUUGGCGUGUAAUAGACAAUUGCCUUCAAAUGCUCCAAGGAAACAACCACGAGGACGAGAGGUUAAAAGCAGAGUUUAUGAUGGACUACUUUCUCAAAAUUGUAAGGGAAAGGAAUCCAAAUCUUUCAAAUGUGUGAUGAAAAAGAACAAGGGAAAGAACUCAAAGCAGUGUCAUGGUCCCAUGCCUCGAGAAGGGGCUGAAAAUGAUUUCAGUGACACGGAGAUUGAGGAGAAAUCAAGAAAUGGUUUUCCUGGCGCCUGCUAUAAUGCUAAAUGUGAUGAAGGAAAUGAUGCCCUUGAAGGGCCCUUAACAACUGUAAAAAUAGAAGCAUCGAUGGUUGAGAACAAAGUUGAAGCUUUGUCAGAUGCCAAGGCAAAUACCCCGGGAUGCAAUGAGCCAAAUCAAAGACUUUAUUCCCGGAUCCACGAGAGGGGCUUGAGAGAAAAUGGCUUGGGAGAAAAUGAUCUUCCCAAACUUGUAGCUUCAAGAGAAGAUGGCAAUGGUACCAAUGAAAGACAUGGCAAAGAAGACAAAAGGAACUCGAGUAUGGAUAAGGGCAUUGAUGCUCCCAUGGAGAGUAAUGUUAGUAAACAUAUUUUUAUCUCAGAUGAAAAGGAAAAUGACAGAGAAGCCAUUGGGAGCGACGAUAAGGAAAAUGCUUCAGCCUCUGAUGAUAACAGAGAAAUGGAUCUCAAUACUGGCCACUUGAAAAGACAUAUCCUUGGCAAGCAUGAGAGUGUGAAGAGCACUCAAAAGAUAGCCAAAGCAAAGAGGAAGCCAUCCAAAGAGAGCUUCGUUACUCAUGCCACUGGUGCUCAAGAACUAAAACAUAGAAAACCUAAGACUACAAAUCCCAAGCCUUUUCGGCUGAGAACUGAUGAAAGAGGGAUUCUUAAGGAAGCAACCUCAGAGAAGAAGCUCCGCCCUGCUCCUCUGAAAGAAAUCCUGCCAGUUACGAGGUUCCCAGGAGGGAAUUUACAGAAAAAACAUCAGAAUGCAUUGCCAAGAAAUGACAAGAGCCUUGAACAAACCGAACCAGCCAAUGAUGCUCAGGAAGCAUGUGAAAUGGAAAGAAACACAACACAGAAGGAACAACAUACUUCCAGCUUGAAGAACAAAGAAAGAGUGAGACGAAAAUUAUCUUCAGCUCCACAGAGACACACAGUUUCGUCACAACAGAAGCUUGUGGCCCCACUGAAGAAAUAUAGCGAGGACAAGACAGCAGCUCAAAAUCUGGGGAACGUCUUGAAGAAGACCAGAUCAUCAUUUGUGAGAAAAGUCGCAAGGCCUCAAGAGACCUCAUCGAUUACAAACGAAACACUCUCGAUUAUGAUACCUGGUCAACUAGGUGUGAUAAAGGAAGACUCACCAACAUUCUUGAGACCCGAAGAAGCUGAAAAGCCUAGAAAAAGCAGUGCUUCCCUGGAAAUCAAAGCUUCUGCUUCUACUGUCUCCAGGCAAUCACUACAGGGGAAGAGGUCAACAACUAUUCCAAAGGAACCGAAUUUCCAUGCCAUCCACACACCAAAGAGCUGCACACGAAGAGUGGCUUAAGUUAUUUUCUACAAAAAUACUCCUGUUGGUGUACUAUAUCUUGUUGUUGUUCAAUCCAUUCAUUGAAUUAUGUAUUCCGCGUGAACUGCUCGAGUAAUUCUUUGUUGUUGUCUACAUAUUUAUUUCUUAGCCCAUUGUUUGUAAUCUGUAACAUUUUGGGCUUGAUUUGUAGCUAAUAUAUAAACAUGUAAGGGAUCUUGUUCGUCCCAUUCACUCAAA